CAUAGCGAAUACAGUUCGGGCUACAAUAUGUCAUAUAUUGGAGCAAACACUUCUGACGCUGAAUGCGAAAGAGUUGAUCAACAAAAAAGCCGUCAUUCGGAAUUUGUUUCAAAAUUAGCAGCUAAUAAGCUAUCCUUGGAAUCUAAAUGGGCAAAUAAAAAAGAUGAUGAGUCUGGAUCGGAAUUGUCAUAUACAGAAAACUUUCUGACACGAGGAGCAUUUCUACUGACACCUUUACAUGAAUUAUCUAUGGAGCGUGCUGCUCUUAUAUGUGAGAAAAUGAAUUUUAAAGGAUGUUUCAGUCUAACGAAAACUGCUACAGGAAUUCUAUUUAAGUUCUCACAUCCAGAUGAUUAUCAAGCUGUUUACAAAAAAGGAUUCCACAAAAUCACCGGAGCGAGGUUUUAUCGCAAGAUAGCGAUCCCUUGCCGACCGAAAAAAACCUUUACACUCUUCGUCAUGGACGUUCCCGAAGAUCUACCUGUUGAAGACAUUAGACAUGCAUUAUAUAAAUUCGAUUCAGUAGUUGAAGUAGUGCGCCUUCAUUACCAAACCCAAUCAGCUAUAUCGACGGAAAAGGUCCAAGAAGGAGCUAUUAUAGCCAGAAAUGAAGUUACUGAAAAGCCAGAGCGACGAGAAUCAGCAACAGCCGUCAUUCGAAUAACAUUGGCAUCAAUGGAUGAAUAUAAUAUAUUAUUACAAAAUGGGUUGAAUUUUUACGAUGCGACAUUUUUUCCGACUGAGGCAAAUCUACAAAUGAAAGGUGCAAAAAUUGACUAUAAAAGACGAAUUUUUGAUGGAAAUAAGACAAGCCGUGUGCGUGAAUUACUUCCUGUUUUCGAUGCGACUGGUUUUUGUAAAUUACCUCCACCUGCAAGUAAACUUAUUAAACCAUCGAGGAUUAUAAAAUAAAACAAAAAUUGCUCACAAAAACAAUGCACUAUAAAAGAAAAAUAAAAUACGAAGGGGAAAAUGAUAUUUUACAAAAUGCAUUAUCCACCUAAGAUUAACAUUAAAAUAUGCCCCUUCUGUACA